UGCAAAUAUGGAGAGAGUUUUCUGCUACUUCAUUUCUGCCCUUCUGUUGGCCACUUCUAUGUUAGCUAGCUUUUCCCUAGCCAAGACCAACAUCAGCACUGAUACAAUGGCCCUCCUUGAAUUGAAAGAUCAUAUAACUUCAGAUCCUUACUCUAUGUUAGCCAAAAAUUGGUCCAUUUCUUCAUCUGUUUGUAACUGGAUUGGUGUCACUUGCAGCUAUACUCAUCACCACAGAGUAAGAGCCUUAAAUAUUUCGAACAUGGGUCUUGCAGGAAGUAUCCCUUCCAAUCUUGGAAACCUGUCCUUUCUUGUUUCUCUUGACAUGGGAAAUAAUUCCUUUCAUGGCCAUUUGCCAGAAGGGAUGGCUCAUUUGCGUCGAAUCAGAUUUAUUUCUUUAAGCCACAACAAUUUCACGGGAGAAAUUCCGUCAUGGUUUCGUUUCUUGGAGAAACUUCAACACCUCUCAUUAAGAAACAACUCUUUUACUGGCUUUCUCCCUCCUCCUCUCUUCAAUAUCUCCGGUUUGGGAGUCAUAGAUUUUUCAGAGAACAACUUGUCUGGCAUUAUUCCUGUUGACAUGUGCAACAAUCUUCCGAGUCUCAAAGGGCUUCUAGUUUCUUACGAGUUUAGUGGACGCAUCCCUAGAGAAGUUGGGAACUUACAAAUGCUGGAGGAGCUAUAUCUGGGCGGGAACAACUUGGAAGAAAAUUUGUGCGACAAUCUUCCCAAGAUUGAAUUCCUUUACCUAAUCAAGAACCAACUAUACGGUCAGAUUCCAAGCAACAUAGGUAAAUGCUCAUCACUUCGAGAAUUGUCAUUGGCCCGCAACGGAUUCACUGGUUUCAUACCACAGGAGUUUGGGAAUUUAACUAUUCUUGAGGGUCUAGAUAUUAGCGUCAAUCACUUGAUAGGAGAAAUACCAAAAGAGAUUGGCAAUUUAACUAUGAUACAGAACCUAUAUCUUUAUGAGAACAACUUGACAGGUUUCAUCCCACAAGAAAUGGGCAAACUUUCCAAGUUGGAGAGCCUUGACUUGGAAUUAAAUAGGUUAGGUGGACCGAUCCCUGCUUGGAUUUUCAACAUCUCAACAAUUCAGUUUCUGUCACUUUCAGCCAAUAGUUUUUUUGGCAGUCUUCCGCCAAAUAUGUGUCAUGUGUUGAAAAAUUUGCAAGGGCUUUAUCUUGCUGGGAAUUAUUUGAGUGGAAAUAUACCUAUGUCUAUCUCAAAUUGUUCAAGACUAACUAUCAUAGCCCUUCUUAGUAAUGAAUUCACUGGUUCAAUUCCUGAGUCUCUCGGCAAUUUAAGACAACUCAAUGUUCUACAGCUAUCGAACAACAAGUUGACAAGUGAAUCUUCAUCUCAAGAAUUGAGCCUUUUUAGUUCCCUUGCGAAUUGCAUGCUCUUAAGACAGAUUUCGUUGGACCGAAAUCCAUUGAAUGGCGUCCUUCCAAAUUCCCUCGGGAACCUUUCUAGGUCCAUUGAAAAAAUAUUUGCAUUUGGCAGUGGAAUCGUGGGAAGCAUUCCAGUUAGCAUUGGCAAUUUAAGCAAUUUGACAGUAUUAAGGCUAGACAACAAUCAGUUGACUGGAUCCAUUCCCACUUCUGUGAAAGGAUUGGGAAAGCUUCAAGGCUUAUAUCUCCACAACAACAUCAUCACUGGAACUCUUUCUCCUGAUCUCUGCAACUUGCAUAUGUUGAACUAUUUUAAUAUAAGCCAGAAUGAAGUUUCAGGUUCAAUUCCAGGAUGUUUCGGCAACAUUACAUCCGUCAGGCAUAUUGAUCUGUCUUUCAACAAAAUAACUUCCAGUGUGCCAAUUAGCUUGUGGAAUCUUAAAGAUCUGUUGGAACUUCGCUUGACAUCCAAUUUCUUCAAUGGAUCUUUGGCUCCAGAAAUUGGAAAAUUAAAGGCUGUGACAUGGUUAGACAUGUCACUGAAUCACUUCUCGGGUAACAUCCCUAGUACAAUUGGGGAUUUACAAAAUUUGAUGCAGCUUUCUUUGGCAAAUAACAACUUGGAAGGAUCAAUUCCGUCCACAAUUGCUGACAUACAAAGCCUUGAUUAUUUAGACUUGUCGCACAAUAAUCUCUCAGGUUCGAUCCCCAAGUUAAUGGAGAAUCUUACAUAUCUCACAUACCUGAAUGUUUCUUCCAAUGAUUUAAGAGGUGAAAUUCCAUCUGAAGGUCCUUUUACGAACUUCACUUAUGAUUCCUUUGCCUUUAAUAGAGCAUUAUGUGGAGCACCUAGGUUCCAUUUGCCACCAUGCCAAACUAUUUCCAGGCGCAAAUCACGGACAAGAAAGACGGUUCUCAUUGCAAUCAUUUUGCCAGGAAUGCUUUCUGUGGUUAUUGUCGCUGGCUUAGGAACUGUGUUCCAUAGAUACAAAAAGAAAUCUAAGAUUCCAAGCCAAACAGGUUUGUCAUCAUUGAUAGAACAACCAAGAAUCUCAUACUAUGAGCUGCUACAAGCAACUAAUGGGUAUAGUCAAGAAAAUUUGCUUGGUGUGGGAAGUUUUGGAUCAGUUUACAAGGGUAUUCUAAAUGAUGGUAAGAUUUUGGCAGUAAAAGUGUUUAAUUUGCAAUUAGAACGAGCAUUCAGGAGCUUUGAUGCAGAAUGCAACAUAUUGAGAAAUCUACGCCAUCGAAAUCUCACAAAAGUCAUUACCAGUUGCUCUAACCCUGAUUUCAAGUCCUUAGUGCUUGAAUUCAUGCCUAAUGGUAGUCUGGAGAAAUGGUUGCAUUCUGAAAAUUGCUCCUUAGAUGUCAUGCAGCGACUGAACAUAAUGAUCGAUGUUGCUUGUGCAUUGCAAUAUCUCCAUCAUGGUUACACAACUCCAGUGAUUCAUUGUGAUCUGAAGCCUAGUAAUGUUUUGCUGGAUCAAGAUAUGGUUGCACAUGUAAGCGAUUUUGGCAUAGCAAAGAUGUUGAGUGAAGAGGAGACCAUCACACAUACAAACACACUAGCCACAUUGGGCUACAUUGCUCCAGAAUAUGGAUCAGAAGGACUAGUAUCAACAAAAUGCGAUGUUUAUAGUUAUGGGAUUAUGUUAAUGGAAAUGCUUACAAGAAAAAGGCCAAAUGAUGAAAUGUUUGAUGGAAAUUUGAGCUUGAGGGGUUGGGUAUGCGGAUCAAUAGCUAAUGCAAUAAUGGACAUUUUGGAUGUGAACUUGAUAAGGUCAAAUGAAGAGUACUCUACACAAGAGUUGGAGUGUAUAUCAUCCAUCAUGAAAGUGGCGCUGAAUUGCUCGAAGGAAUCUCCAAAUGAGAGGAGUAACAUAGAAUAUGCACUUGCUGCACUGAACCAUAUCAAGCUUCACCUUUUGUCUUGUUAUAGAAGGCCUUGAGGAUGUGAAGAUAUCCACCAGGAAGAAUUCCAGAAAACCUACUUGCUUUAACACAUCAAUUUAUUUCCAGAAUCAUUUGGU